AUGGGUAUAGGACCCAUUGUCAUCUCUGUUGAUGCAUUUGCGACUACUUAUUUCCAGUUUCAUAUGCAUUUAGAGUGGGUCUCCUUGCUUGCCCUUUCCUUUUGGAGCUUCCAUUUUGCAAGCUUAUGUGCAUUUGGGCUACUUGCUUAUGUCGGAUACAUUGUUUAUGCCUUUCCUUCCUUAUUUCGACAUGAAAAUUUGGGAGAUGGUAAUCUUGUGAACAAUUCAGUUUUCCUUUGCUUGUCUGAUGAGGGUGGGCAAUCUUCAAAUGACUAUUCCUCUGUGAAAGUGGAGGGAGAGACUAAGGUAUUGAUUGUUGCAACAAUAGCAUGGGGACUGCGAAAAUGCUCUCGACCUAUCAUGCUGGCGUUGAUCUUUCUCAUUGCUAUAAAACCUGGUUUCAUCCAUGCUGUAUAUAUGAUAUUCUUUCUGAUGUACCUUUUGAGUCACAAUGUCAGUCGAAAGAUAAGACAGGCUCUGAUUCUCCUAUGUGAGAUUCAUUUUUCACUGUUGUAUGUUCUUCAAAUUAAUUUGAUCUCAACUGCACUGGAGAAAAAGGGCUCUUUUAGUAUGGAAGUUGUAAUGCAAUUAGGUCUCCGUGAAGAAGAUAGUGCCUGGGAUUUCUUGGAAGUAGCUUUACUUGCAUGCUUCUGUGCAAUUCAUAACUACGGUUUUGAGAUGUUAUUUUCAUUUUCAGCAAUCAUACAGCAUGCCCCUAGCCCGCCUAUUGGAUUUGGCAUCUUGAAAGCUGGUCUUAACAAAUCUGUUCUAUUAUCUGUAUAUUCUUCCUCCUCUGUGAGAAACAGUGAUGAAAGUUUCUGUCAUGAAAGAAGAAUAGCAUCAUACCUGAGUUCAAUUGGGCAGAAGUUCCUAUCUAUAUACCGAUCGUGUGGUACUUACAUUGCUUUUCUGACUAUUAUUCUCUCUGUAUACAUGGUGAGACCUAAUUACAUAUCAUUUGGUUAUGUAUUCCUUCUCCUUCUUUGGAUUAUUGGAAGACAACUUGUUGAGAGAACAAAAAGACAGCUUUGGUUUCCAUUGAAACUGUAUGCAAUUUUGGUGUUUAUUUUCAUCUAUAGCUUGUGCAGCUUCUCAAGCCUAGAGAUGUGGUUAUCCAAAUUAAUAGAUCUCUACUUUUAUAUGGGAUAUGACUCGAAAGCAUCUUCUUUUGACAAUGUUUGGGAAUCUCUGGCAGUCUUAAUUGCUAUGCAACUUUAUAGCUACGAGAGGAGGCAGAACAAGCAGAACAGGCAGGAUCACUUGGAUCAGUUAGAGCCAGGGGCACUAGGGUUUAUCAGGAGAUUUAUUAUCUGGCACAGCCAGAAGAUCUUGUUCAUUGCUCUGUUUUAUGCAUCUUUAAACCCAAUUAGUGCAUUUGGUUUCUUGUAUUUGAUUGGCCUCGUCAUCUGCUCCAUUUUACCAAAAACUUCAACUAUCCCAUCCAAAUCAUUCUUAGCUUACACAGGUUUUCUGGUGACAGCUGAAUAUCUUUUUCAGUUGUUGGGCGAAGAGGCUAAAAUGUUUCCUGGGCAGAAGUAUUCUGAUAUAUCUCUCUUUUUGGGAUUCCAUGUGUUCCUGCCUAGCUUUUGGGGUCUAGAAUAUGGAUUGAGGGCAAAAGUGCUUGUGAUUGUGGCUUGUACACUUCAAUACAAUGUCUUCCGUUGGCUGGAGAGGAUGCCAAAUGAAGUUCUUAGCAGAGGACAAUGGGAAGAACCUUGUCCUUUGUUUGUUCCCUCAGAAGAUGCAUUCAUUGAUGAUGCUAUGUGCAAUGAGGAAAGUAAACCAUCAUAUAAUUCACAUGCUCCAUCUGCAGUAAAAGAAGAGGUGUCAGACAAGUCACUGCAAAUUAGUACCUCUGGUCUUUCUCAAACACCUGAUACUCCAUCCUCUAAAGCAGGAGAUUCUGACAGUAACUGUAAAAGAUAUUCAUUUGGGUUUAUUUGGGGAAGUUCCAAGGAGAGUCACAAGUGGAACAAGAAACGGAUUGUUUCUUUGAGAAAGGAGCGAUUUGAAACACAGAAAACUGUCUUAAAAAUAUAUUUGAAGUUUUGGAUUGAGAAUAUAUUUAAUUUAUUUGGACUUGAGAUAAACAUGAUAUCAUUACUUCUGGUAAGCUUUGCCUUGUUGAAUGCCUUAUCCAUGCUGUACAUUGCACUGCUUGCUGCUUGUAUUCUUCUGAAUCGGAAAAUUGUACGCAAAAUGAGAUUCGUUGCCAUGACUGCUGGAAAACUUCAACUCUGUAUUUCCAUUAUUGUGAAAAGUGUUGGUUCGAUACUUGAGAUAUCUAGUCAUUUUCUUCCUAUAUGGAGCAUUGCCCUCUUUGGACUUAUUGUUGACGAUCCCAGGAUGUUGAUUAGCUACUUUGUGGUAUUCAUGCUGGCUUGCUUCAAACUUCGUGCAGAUCGCUUGCCUAGCUUUUCAGGAUCAUCAACAUAUCGUCAGAUUAUGUCUCAACGUAGGAACACAUUUGUUUGGCGAGAUCUAUCUUUUGAAACUAAAAGCAUGUGGACCUUUCUUGACUAUUUGAGGCUUUACUGUUAUUGCCAUCUUCUUGAUCUUGUGCUGAUAUUAAUAUUGAUAACUGGAACUCUUGAGUACGACAUUUUGCAUCUUGGUUAUCUUGCCUUUGCUCUGGUAUUCUUUCGCAUGAGAUUUGAAAUACUGAAGAAGAAGAACAGAUUAUUCAAGUUCUUGCGCAUUUACAACUUCACUGUUAUUAUAAUUUCUCUUGCUUAUCAGUCUCCUUUUAUUGGGGGACCAGGUGCUGGAAAGGGUCAGACAGUGAAUAACAUUUAUGAAAUGAUUGGUUUUUAUAAAUAUGAUUAUGGUUUUCGGAUUACAGCCAGAUCUGCAAUUGUAGAGAUUAUCAUUUUUGUGCUUGUCUCCCUUCAGUCUUAUAUGUUUUCCUCACAAGAUUUUGAUUAUGUAUGUCGCUACCUGGAAGCAGAGCAAAUUGGGGCUAUUGUGCGUGAACAAGAGAAAAGAGCAGCAUGGAAAAAUGCACAAUUACAACAAAAUCGUGAAAGUGAGGAGAAAAAAAGACAGCGUAAUUUGCAGGUGGAGAAGAUGAAAUCUGAAAUGCUUAACCUGCAAAUACAACUCCAAAGCAUGAACACAUCCACUAAUUGUAUUGAUGGAUUUUCUCACAGUGGUGAGGGUCUGAGAAGGAGAAGGAGUGUUUCUCUCACAUCAAAUAUUGACAUUGGAAUCCCUGACAAAGAAGACCAGGUUCUGGGGAGAUUAGAUCAUACAAUAAGAGAGGAUUCUAUUCAUCCUAUUGACCUGCACGAACCAUCUGCUUGUACAAAUAUGGAAACUCCAUUAACGGAGGAGUACAUGAAGCAUUCAGUUGAUUGUGAAAUUACUGAAAUAGAUAUUGAUACAGCUUCUAGUGAUUCAGGAAAGAAGGAAAAAGUUAAAGGGCAACCAAAAGAGAACCCUCUCAAGUCUGCUGUACAAUUGAUAGGUGAUGGUGUUUCCCAGGUACAGUUCAUUGGAAAUCAGGCAGUCAAUAACUUAGUGAGCUUUCUGAAUAUUUCACAAGAAGAUUUUGAUUCAAAUGAGCACACAAACAUUGAGGAUAGGAUCUAUGAUGAGAUGGAGAGUCAGAAAACUCGGCACAUAUAUAUGGAUCGUUCUUCAUCUAUGCAAUCUGAUAAGAGUUCUUCUGAUGGUGCAAGUCUGCAGCUGGGAAGAAUCUUUCGUUAUAUAUGGUAUCAGAUGCGUUCCAAUAAUGAUGUUGUAUGUUACUGUUCCUUUGUUCUUGUGUUCUUAUGGAAUUUCAGUUUGCUAUCAAUGGUGUAUAUCGGGGCUCUCUUUUUGUAUGCUUUAUGUGUACAUACAGGUCCAAGUUACAUCUUCUGGAUUAUCAUGCUGAUAUAUACAGAACUCUAUAUUUUACUUCAGUACCUGUACCAAAUUAUCAUCCAGCACUGUGGGUUGACUAUUAAUCCUUACCUAUUACAAGAAUUAGGUUUUCCAAUAAACAAAAUCACUUCUUCAUUUGUUGUCAGUUCAUUACCUCUAUUUCUUGUGUAUUUAUUUACCCUCAUUCAAAGCUCCAUAACACCUAAAGAUGAUGAAUGGAUGUCUUCCACUGACUUCAAGUAUAAGAGGAAUGAUCUUCAUGCAAAAAAUGAUCCCACUAGUUAUAACUGGCGAGAUAGAGCAUUGAAUCUGCUAAAUCAGAUGAUUAACAUGGUAAAACUGGUAAUCAGAAGCUUUUUUAGGUACUGGAAAUCACUCACACAGGGAGCCGAAUCACCACCUUAUUUUGUUCAGGUUUCUAUGGAUGUCAACUUCUGGCCAGAGGAUGGGAUUCAACCAGAGAGAAUUGAAUCUGGAAUUAACCAGGUGCUCAGAAUUGUUCAUAAAGAUAACUGCAAGGAAAAGAAUUCAAAUCAUUGCUCUUUUUCUAGUAGGGUUAAUGUUCAAAGCAUUGAAAGAAGUCAAGAAAAACCCAAUGUUGCCUUGGUUGUUUUUGAAGUUGUGUAUGCUUCGCCUGUAACUGACAGCUCUUCCACAGAAUGGAAUAAGUCUUUAACUCCAGCAGCUGAUGUCGCCAAGGAAAUCCUCAAAGCUCAGCGUUCUGGUUUGGUGGAAGAAGUGGGAUUCCCUUACCGUAUUCUUUCUGUAACUGGUGGAGGCAAGAGAGAAAUUGAUCUGUAUGCCUACAUAUUUUGUGCAGAUUUGAUUGUAUUCUUUCUUGUUGCCAUCUUCUACCAGUCUGUCAUAAAAAAUAAAAGUGAGUUUCUCGACGUGUAUCAGCUUGAAGACCAGUUUCCAAAAGAAUAUGUCUUUAUGUUGAUGCUUAAACUUCUGGGAUUCUUGGUUCGUGAUGUUUACAUUGCCAAGAAAUUGGUCGGAACCUCUCAACAAUUCACAGAGUAUGAUUGGCAAUUGGAGCCAUCCCAACAACGUACAGCUCAGUUUGCUCUCCGUGCCAUAUUUCUUGCUAAGGCUAUUUCUCUAGGACUGCAGGCUGUACAAAUUCAAUAUGGCAUUCCUAAUAAAAGCACAUUGUAUAGGCAAUUUUUGACCAGUGAAGUUUCAAGAAUUAAUUAUUUAGGAUAUAGACUUUAUCGUGCACUGCCAUUCCUUUAUGAAUUACGAUGUGUUCUUGACUGGUCAUGCACAACUACAUCCCUGACCAUGUAUGACUGGCUAAAGUGCAUAUUAGUGGUGAGUGCACUGCCCUCCCGGCCCCCUCUCCCCCCUCGAGGACCUCGUCGCGGAGCACCUUUAGUGCCCAUGAUGUCACUAUUUUUGGCUGAAAUCACUCCCAAAGCAGGGUCCGAAACCUCUCCUGGUGAAUCCCCUUGGAUCAUUUGUCAACUAAUACAACAAAUUAUUGUCGUUGUGCCUCUUGUCAACCAACACGCCUGCAACUUUUAG